GUUAGAGGAGUUAACUAAAAGGUGUAGUGUUAACAAUGUAACCAGCCCAGAUUCAUAAUUACUGUAAUUCGGUUCUUUUUUUCACCCCGGGUUUCCGUGUGGAGCCUGAGGCGGAGUCUGGAUAGAGUGUCUUUAUAACACACACACACACACACGCACACAUGCACUCACUCACAGACACGUACACCUGCUGCGAGUCGAGCUGAAGAUUUUUAUCUCUGCAUCUAAUAAACAUGGCUAACUGGAUUGUAAACCAUGGACUGGACGCAUUUAUUUUGGUGGUCUGGAUGGGCAUCAACAUCUUCUUGUUCGUUCGCUUUUAUCUGUUCUACGAUUUGGGGCCUCAGUUCUUCUACACCCGUGUCCUGAUCGGGUCUGCACUGUCCUGGGCAAGAGCUCCUGCUGCUGUUCUUAACUUUAACUGCAUGCUUAUUCUUCUGCCAGUGUGCCGCAACCUGCUGUCUCUGAUCCGUGGGUCCUUCAUGUGCUGUGGACGAACCUUGAGGAAACAGCUGGACAAAAAUCUUACAUUCCACAAAUUGGUUGCCUACAUGAUUUCCUUGAUGACUGCUGUUCACACCAUUGCCCAUUUGUGCAAUGUGGAAUGGUUCAUCGGUAGCCGUGAGGGGCGUUAUGGUCCCCUUGCUCUUAAACUCUCCUUGCUUGAAGAUGAUUCAUCUGAUGAUACCACUUUCCUCAAUCCUAUCCAGUCUGACUCUACGACACCACUCCUUUUUGCAUUCACUACCAUUGCUGGCCUUACAGGAGUUGUAAUUACUCUUGCUCUAAUUCUUAUGGUUACAUCAUCGAUGGAGGUGAUAAGGCGAAGCUACUUUGAGGUCUUUUGGUACACCCACCAUCUCUUCAUCAUUUUCUUUGCAGGUCUGGUCUUUCACGGAGCAGGUCGCAUUGUCCGAAGUCAGAUGCCUGUACCCCCGCACAACACUUCCUUCUGCAAAGAUUAUCCAGACCAGUGGGGUCACAUUCCUGAAUGUCCUGUUCCUCAAUUUGCAGGAGGGUUUCCUCAGACUUGGAUGUGGGUGAUUGGUCCCAUGAUCAUUUACAUAUGUGAGAGGCUAUUGCGCUUCGUUCGCUAUAUUCAGACUGUAAAAUACAAAAAGAUCGUGAUGCACCCAUCCAAUGUCCUGGAGCUGCAGUUAACGAAGUCUGGAUUUAAAAUGGAUGUUGGACAAUAUGUCUUUCUGAACUGUCCAGCCAUUUCCCAACUUGAGUGGCACCCAUUUACACUGACAUCCGCACCUGAGGAGGACUUCUUCAGCGUACACGUCCGCUCAGUCGGGGACUGGACCGAGAAGCUCAUCAAGGUGGUAGAAAACUUACCCGAGGGGAGCCAAGGACCUAAAUUAGCCGUGGAUGGUCCAUUUGGAACAGCCAGUGAAGAUGUGUUUGAUUAUGAGGUCAGCAUGUUGGUGGGUGCUGGCAUUGGAGUGACCCCAUUUGCUUCCAUCUUGAAGUCCAUUUGGUAUAAAUUUAAAGACGCCAACCCCAAACUACGCACCAAAAAGAUUUACUUCUAUUGGUUGUGCAGAGAGACACAUGCUUUUGAGUGGUUUGCUGAUCUCCUCCAUGUGCUUGAGAAGGAGAUGGAGGAGAGAGGCUUGAGGGACUUUCUGACCUACAAACUCUACCUCACAGGAUGGGACCAUACACAUGCAGCCCACGUGAUGGUGCAUUUUGAUAAAGACACUGAUGUUAUCACUGGACUGAAGCAGAAGACUCACUACGGAAGACCAAACUGGGAUAAGGAAUUUGAGCAAGUUCGACAAGAGAACCCCUCGUCAGUCGUUGGUACAUUCCUGUGUGGCCCAGCUAGUUUAGCUGAAGAUUUGGAAAAAAAAUGUGCAAAAUAUUCUGACAUUGAUCCACGGAAAACCAGAUUUUACUUUAACAAAGAGAACUUUUGAGCGGGUGUUGCAAGCAACCAGUUUAACCGGAAGGACAGGCACAUCAGUGUUCCAUUCCUUUUCCAGCAGGAGCUUAUGAAAUACAUUAAUGCCUCCUUUUAUGUGAAGGUCAGAAAUUUUUAAACUAAACCAAAUGUCUGUUAUAAGAGAAGUUUGUACAACCAAACCAUAGGCUGUUCACCACUUGGGCUAACUGUAGGAGUAAUGGAAUUAACCUGGUGGCCAAUAUUUAAAAAAAAAUCCUGAAUGUUUUUUCCCCUCCUUUUCUACAAUAAUUCUGUACUUGUAUGUAUUAUUCUGCAUGUCAACCAAUCACCUUUAUCUUACUUUGACAGGCAUCCACUUGAAGUGAUUUUUUAUAUGUUGUAGGACAAGUGAAGAAGUGUAUGCAACUACUGUAGAAAUGUUUAAGACCUUUGUUUUCAGGAGUUACAGCAUUUAAUGUGGGUGUGGCAUUAUUGCAGUGUUAGAGAUAAGUCAUAGUAUGAAAGAAAAAACUGUGUUUUGCCGUUAAUGCAGUAGUUGUAAACAAAUAAGGGAAGUUGUUUAUUAAAUAUACACAACAUAUGACUUUCUACUUGGCAAUGUUAGUGUGUACUAGACUUUAUGAUAUAGGUGGGGAAAGAGUUUCUUAGAGUUAUUUAAUUACAGCUACAUCAGAUUAGUCAGACAAGAAUAAACACUUCCUUAUCAAUUUA